ACAAGAGGUCAUGAAUUCAAGUCUUUGAUAGAAAUGUACGAAAAAGCUACAUAUAAUAUACUCUUAUGAUGGACUUUUUUUCAAACUCCAUACAUAACAGAAGUUUUAGAACUGCACUUUCAAAUUGAAAUAGACCAAACAAAUAGCUCUUAUCAUUUAUCUCACCUACCAAAUGACUCAAGUAUAGUACAACAUAAUUUUAUUUCAUUGCAUCAUAAAUAGCUCAUCAUUUAGCUAACCAAAACGCAACUAAAAUUUGCUUCAACUUUCCUUUCUUCCUCCUUUCCAUUCACACUCAUCUUUCCCAAAAAAAAAUGACGACGACGACAACGACAACAACAAAUCAUGAACAACACGAUGUUGUUGUUGUCGUUGUUCCUCUACCUGCACAAGGCCAUCUUCAUGCAUCCCUCGAACUCUCCCGCCUUCUCUCUGCCACCUACAAUAUCCCCGUUUACUAUGUCAGCACGCCCGCUCACAUCCGUCAGGCACAGACGCGUGCUGUGAGAUGGGACCCAUUAACAACUCCAAACCUAAACUUCAUUGACUUCCCCGUUUCGUUCGAGGUUCCUCCUCCUAAUCCUGAUGCAUCAAUCAAGUUCCCUUCACAACUUGUUCCAGCCUUCAACUCUUCUCUCCAACUACGCGAUCCUGUAACGAAUCUCAUUAAGAAAUUCGCUUCAGUAUCGCGCAAAGUUGUUGUUGUUCAUGAUUUCCUAACUUCGUACGUUGUUCAAGAUGUACCACAAAUACCUAAAACAGAAUGCUACUGUUUGCAUACUGUUUCUGCAUUUCUUGCUUUUACUUAUGUUUAUGAUGCUGCCAAACCACCUGUGCCACCUGAAGCUGAAGUUGUACUUGAAAAACUCCCGUCUCUCGACGGGUGUAACUCUCCUGAAAUCCUAGAAUUCGCUAAGAAGCAAAUCAAUGCGAGGGUUCAAGGAGGUGGUAAUAUUUUCAGUACUUCUCGAGUUAUCGAAGGAUUGUACCUCGAUCUACUCGCGAAGAUGAAUCCUUCUAAGGAGUUUAAGCAUUGGGCUCUUGGUCCAUUCAAUCCUGUAGAAAUUGAUGCUACUACCACUGCCAACCGCCAUUAUUCACUCGAGUGGCUCGACAAACAACCAGCGAACUCAGUGAUUUUUGUAUCGUUUGGAUCAACAACUUCGUUAUCUGAAGACGAGAUCAAUGAGCUAGCUUUUGGGCUGGAGCAGAGUCAGCAGAGGUUUAUUUGGGUCCUGAGGGACGCAGAUAAAGGAGAUAUAUUCUCUGGUGAAGUUAGAGAACGUGAACUACCUGAAGGAUACGAGAAGAGGGUAUCGGAAAGAGGAUUUGUAAUGAGAGAUUGGGCACCGCAGUUGGAAAUUUUGGCACAUCCGUCAACUGGCGGAUUCAUGAGUCAUUGCGGAUGGAACUCUUGCAUGGAAAGUAUUUCAAUGGGAGUUCCAAUAGUAGCGUGGCCAAUGCAUUCAGAUCAACCUAGAAAUGCUUUGUUCAUAGCCGAAGGAUUGAAAAUCGGGAUAUUGAUGAGAGAGUGGGAGCGAAGAAACGAAGUUGUAUCGGCUGAAACUAUCGAAAGAGUUGUGAGAACUUUAAUGGCGUCUCCGGAGGGAGAGGAGAUGAAACGGAAUGCUACAGAGCUCAAGGAAGCAGUGAAGUUAUCAGUUAUGGAGGGUGGUGUGACUCAAAAGGAAAUGGAAUCUUUUGUUGCUCACAUCACUAGAUAGAUAUUUUUAAUGUUGAAUGAUUUGUACUUCCCUAUGUUUUUUCUUCUUCUAAUAAAUGUGAUGUAUGUGGUUGUUUGUGUCCACUUAAAA